AGUCAAAUUGACUUUUUCUGCUACAGUAAUGCUAAAUUCCAUGUAUUUGACUCUGGUUCCCUACUUUUUCCCAGGUGGACAUUAGGGCAGCAGUUUAUGUUUAGUGGAACAAGACUAUGCAAGAUGUCUAUGGGCAAUCCAGUGCUCAAUUGGGAUGUUUCACCAAAAAAUGGUCUGGAUGUAUUUUUCUCACAAGAAAAAUAUGAAGAAUAUUCUUUGACUCCUACUUUAAAGGAACUACUUAUUUUGUCCAAAAGACCUAUAGGAGAAAAUUUGGAUGCAUCAGCAAACCCUGUGGAAAAUGAACCAGCAGUUAAUUCAGCAGCUCAAGCAAAUGCGGAUGUUAAAACCACAAUAGAAAUUGUUCCCUUCCCAGAACCAAGAAUUCCUUAUCCUUAUUUCUCUCGUUUCUCAGAAAGAGAACAGAAAUGUUAUGUGGAUUUACACAAUAAAUAUUCAAAAAAGCCUAUAAAUUUCAAGACUGUAGGGCUAAAUAAGAAGGAAUAUUUCCAGUAUAUGGUGUUAACACACUUCAUUAAUCCUCCACGGGUUCCCAGAUAUCAUUGCUAG